AUGAAAAUUCAGCUCCUGAUUGUGCCAGCGUCGUUUGGUGCUUUCCCCAUCGGUGUCACGGGUUACCAGCUACUGUACCGUACGAAUGGGAAUGACAAGAACUCGCCGUCAACGACGGUGACGACGGUACUCGUCCCCGACAACUAUGACAAGGAUAAACUAGUUGUGGCGGGUGUGUACGAAGACUCGUACUCGAGCGAGUGUGCGCCAAGUCAGACAAUACAGUGGAAUGGCCGUGUGUUUAAGAACCUGCCAAUUUCUUAUCAGACGCUCUUUUUCACGACACUGCUGCACGAGGGUUGGGUCGUGACCGUGCCCGACCAUGAGGGUCCGCAGAAGGCCUUCACGUCCGGCUACGUUGAAGGUCACGCAAUACUCGAUGCAAUCCGUGCCACCCUGUCGUUUGACCAGAUCGGCAUGCAGAAGCAUGCCAAGGUGGUCGGCUAUGGCUACUCUGGCGGUGCCCUUGCGACAGGCUGGGCUGCGAGUUUGCACAACCACUAUGCACCUGAGCUGAAUGUCGUGGGCUGGUCCAUCGGCGGCACAGUGGCGCGCGUGCGGGACUGGCUGCAGUACAUCGAUGGCACGACCGGCGCUGGUUUCUCAGUGGCAAGCAUAGGCGGCUUGUCAGCCUCGAUACCCGAGCUCCACUGGAUUCAGCAGAACCUGACACCGAGGGGCCGUCUGACCCUAGACAUAUCGAGCAGAAUGUGCAUGUACGAGAACCUGUGGACGCAAACAGGGAAGCACUUUAUCUCGGAUACAUACUUCAAGGGCGGGUCGAGCUUUUUCCAAAAUGAGGGCGUCAACGCCGCGUUGAGCAGGCUGAAUCUCGGAAGCAAUCCUAAUCUCGCUCCGCGAGCACCAGUGUUUAUGUUCCACUCGAAGAACGACUUGGUCGUGCCAUACAGUUUCGCGUAUGGCACGUAUCAGGCGUGGUGCAGCCAAGGCGCGAAUGUGCAUUUGCGCACGAAUACGGGCUUGGAGAUGGACCACACCAACACGGAGCUCCUAAACCUUCCAAACGUGCUGUUCUUCAUGCGUGACCGAUUCGCUGGACGAAUUUGGGGCUCUUCGUGCAAGGCCGAUUCAGUCCUUGACCCCUACCUCAAUCCGCUCGUCCUGGGCCAGGGUGUGGCAGAGUAUGUACAGCAAGUGAUUGAUCUGUUGGGCACACGCAUCGGCCCCAACGACUGGAUUCUGAAGCAGAAGCUGGAGAAGGGACAGGAGCCCUAG